AUGGAAAUCGUUUCUAAUGUGAUAGUCCUCUCAAUUCAAGAUGGUAUCAUAUAUGCAUUUUCGAAGAUGGAGCUCAAGUUAUAUCGAUUGAGAUAUCGUGAAGAACUCGGAAUCGAAAUUGGAAUGUUCAUAACUUUUGAGAAAACUGAUGGAUUUGUGAUGGAUGUUACAACAAUUUCUGAAAAACGCAUGGCUGAUAAAAAUGAUCUCAUUCGAAUUGAAACAUUGGAAAAUGGACCAACUGUUAGUUUGAAACAAUCGAUUACGAAACUAUAAAUGAUUUUUAAGGUUUGUCUCCAAGCAUGGAUGGUUUUCAGUAAAAAUCCUUCGUUGCGAUCUUACAAAAUGUUGACUGGGUUUUCCGAUUGGUAUGGAUAUAUUCGAAUAAUUGAAGGAACAAUGAAAAAAAGGAGAAAUUUCAUUUAUGCUGUCAAUAUCAUUAUGUAAGGAUGCUGAAGCACAUUUAACACUUCUUUUAAAUUUUUAAAAUUAUUCAAAAAAAAUUUUCAGUGAUGAUUUGAACUACGAUCAGAAAAUUGGGGCUACUCUUUUCCGUCAACAUACCAAAUAUGUUGGGAAACCGGAAGAUCGUAAAUAUAACGACAUUUGCGAACGCUGCGAAAGAAGAUUGAAGUCAAGAAAUGCGUUGGAAUCAAUUUGUGAUUAA